UGAUGACACUGGUGCGUAGACCAGACUGGUUGCUGUUGUCAUUGGAUUCAGUUCGCUUGGAGUUUAUCUACACUGUAUAACCAUGCCGCUGAAGAAAGGAAAGAAAAAGAAAGGCAAAGCUAAAAAGAAAGUCAGCAAAUCGGAGAGGGCCAAAGAGAAGCUAGAGAAAGCAUGUGACCUGAUGACAUCAAAGACUGAUCUUUAUCAGAAUUUCCUUGAUCGUAUGGAUCGAUGGAUUGCGUGUAAUAAACACAAAGCUGUAGAACUCUUCAAAAGAUUUGACCUCAAUGGAGAUGGCGUUUUGACCUUUGACGAGUUUAAAUCAGGGAUGCUGGAUCUAGACGCUCCGUGUAACGCGUUAGAGCUUCAUGUAUUAGCCAAGAGGCUAGACAGAGACAAAAGUGAGUCUAUCGACUACGUAGAAUUCUCCAAAGGCUUGAACUUCACAGAUGAGGAUGAGGAGACAGAAAAAGGCGAACAGCCCCCUCAGUUGACGAUAACUAAAGAGGAGCUACAGGAAUGUCCAUGUUGCAAGCUUGGUCUGUGGAGACCACAAGUUGAGAAAAAUCCAAAAUAUGUUUACAUCUUUCUGAAGUUCGUCACAUUUGACAAUGUCCGUUCCUACCCUGGUCACUUCAGUGUGGUAGUCCACGCCCAUCUAACAGUCUAUGGCCUGAUUGAGAUUAUUAAACAGCGUAUGGAUCUAGGCACAACUAAACUAAGAAUCUUCUCCGAUAAAUCAAGGGAUUCAUCUUGUCUUCUUAUGCCAGAUAAGACCCUUCAGCAAUGUGGUAUCGAGGGUGGAACACGCUCCAAACCUGAAGAGACUGUGCUAUAUUAUGAUUAUACCACAGAGUUCCAUGACUGCCCUGUUCUGAUGUCGGAUUUUUACUUCAUGUCGUAGACUACUAUUACUAGAAUGUUGACUCUACUGUCCACUGUACUGCCAUCUACAGCUUGAGUGUCGGCCUUCCAAUACUUCAACAUGGCACAAAAUACUGCCUAACUGCCUUCCUACUGUCUGACUAUCAUCCACUUUGAUGUGGAACAUAAAAUAUGCCUGCCUGCAUAACACAAAUACCUUUUCAAACCAAUAUCAACCUCUACUCUCACUGGUACCCAUUUGUACUCCUUGAUGAAGCGAAGCAAUUAUAGUGAAAUGUCUUCCUCAAGUGUAAUGAUCAGGAUUUGAAGCCACUUGCAUGUGUAAUGGUUUGCAUGCAGGCCACUAACUUGAAUAAAACAUGCAUUUUCGACUUCGAUAUCCAAUGCACGAGCGAGCGAGCCUAACACAUUUACAGGUGUUAGUGGAGACUGAGAGGGCAUAGGCCCUUAGCCAUUUUGGUUUUGCAGAG